AUGGACCCCACCUCACGCCCCGCCGUCGUCAUCGACAACGGCACCGGCUACACCAAGAUGGGGUUCGCCGGGAACGUGGAGCCCUGCUUCAUCACCCCCACCGCCGUCGCCGUCAACGAAUCCUUCUCCGACCAGACGAGGGCCACCGCCAAGGGGAACUGGCUGGCGCAGCACAGCGCGGGCGUCAUGGCCGAUCUCGACUUCUUAAUAGGGGAGGAGGCUUUAGCCCGGUCCCGUUCCAGCAGCACAUACAGCUUGAGCUACCCCAUUCGCAACGGUCAGGUUGACAACUGGGACACCAUGGAGAAGUUCUGGCAGCAAUGCAUUUUCAAUUACCUCAGGUGUGACCCAGAAGAUCACUAUUUCCUGCUGACCGAGAGCCCACUGACUCCUCCAGAAACCCGGGAGUACACUGGGGAGAUCAUGUUUGAGACGUUCAAUGUGCCUGGUCUGUACAUAGCGGUUCAACCCGUCCUUGCCCUAGCCGCAGGAUACACAACAACCAAGUGUGAAAUGACAGGUGUUGUGGUUGAUGUGGGUGACGGAGCUACCCACAUUGUUCCUGUUGCUGAUGGGUAUGUCAUUGGGAACAGUAUCAGUUCUAUCCCACUUACAGGCAAGGAUGUUACCCAGUUUAUUCAGCAACUUAUGAAGGAAAGAGGUGAACACAUUCCACCCGAAGAAUCUUUUGAUGUAGCAAGGAGGGCGAAGGAAAUGUACUGCUAUACAUGUUCGGACAUUGUGAAGGAAUUUAAUAAGCAUGACAGGGAGCCCUCAAAGUACAUAAAACGCCUGACUGGCAUCAAACCAAAAACGGGUGCUCCGUACACCUGUGACAUUGGAUACGAGCGCUUCCUGGGCCCUGAGAUAUUCUUCCACCCUGAGAUUUACAACAAUGACUUCACCACUCCUUUGCAAGAUGUUAUAGACAAGUGUAUCCAAUCAUCCCCAAUUGACACAAGGAGGGCACUUUAUAAGAAUAUUGUCUUGUCUGGGGGUUCAACUAUGUUUAAGGAUUUCCACAGAAGAUUACAGCGGGACCUGAAAAAGAUUGUGGAUGUACGGGUCCGUGCAUCUAAUGCUCGACUUGGUGGAGAUGCGAAGGCUCAACCCGUGGAAGUAAACGUGGUUAGCCAUCCAAUUCAAAGAUAUGCGGUUUGGUUUGGCGGAUCGGUGCUUGCUUCUACAGCAGAAUUCUAUGAGGCUUGCCACACAAAAGCAGAGUAUGAAGAGUACGGUGCAAGCAUCUGCCGAUCAAAUCCUGUUUUCAAAGGGAUGUAUUGA